AUGACACCUUCGGAUAUUGCAAACGAAGCCCUCAACUCCACCCUUGAGGCUGUGCAACCGCUCAUGAAGCGCUGUAUGAAAUUGAAGGAAAGCGACCCAACCGCAUUGAUAUUCUCCGAUGAGAUCGCCAGACGGGUGGCAAAAGAUUUGAAGCUUUAUGGGGGCGCCGCCACAUUGUUUUCCCCUCAGCUGCUGUCUUGUGCAGCCGUAAUACGGCAGCAUUCAAAAGCUGGGGCAUUUGUAUCAUUGCCUGACUGGAACUCUGUGGUCGACAACGACCCGCGCAUUAAGACACACCCACAGUUCCACAAGACUGUAGGUUAUUGUCCUCCGCCCCCCGCAUAUCCCAACGCAGAACUGGAACCCAGCAUGUCGUCAUCCACUGUUCCGGUGGAGCCAAAUUCAACGAGAGGGACUCUCGUAAUUGCAUCAAAGGCCCCAGACCUCAUUCAGUCGCUCCAUGUUGUCCCAGAGGUGCAACCAAGCAUAGCUGAGUUGCUACCUCCCGCUGCACCUGUUGCGGAACCUCUCAUAUCAGCUCCCAUGACAGUCGUACAAAAUGUUAAUGGCAAUGUAAGAUCGGUACGGCAGGGCAAUACACCGACCUGCCAGCCGCAGAAAAGGAAACUGGAAACAAACGGCAGCGAACCCGAACCAAGUUCGGUACCCCGGAAGCCGGUUGAGAAACGACGGAGAAAGUUUGCGUCGGAUGAAGAGGGAAAUGGUGCCACUGGCACCAUUCAUGUGAAGGUGACAUUCAGAGCAUUACUUUGUUUGUUGCUAAUGGCAUUGUCCGUGAAAGCCCGCAAUGCUGUGGCUCCCACGGCGACGUCUCCAUCCAAAAUUGUGGAUGAGAGAGGUUUUUGGGAUGCAGAAUCCAGGCCGGUCGGAUGGGGUCUAGAUGCCACAGUUGCUACGGCGGUAGAGGUAGGCAAGCGACCGCAUUUGAUUGCAUAUCGCCUCACAUAUUACAGCAUUCCGUUCGCUAUCAUCCUCGGAAAUGCGACAAAUGCAUUAAAAUGGAUGUGCGAUGCAUUGUUUUGCCGGACAAGAAGUUCGGGGGUUGGUAUCCGGCAGAGGCUGCAAGCAAAGGCGCAGAAAGCUGUCAUAAAAUCCAGCGUCGAUCCAGAAGUCAAACGUUCCAGGACGCAUGCACCCAAGUCACGCACGGCUGUCAAAACACCUGUCUUAAAAGUUGUGUUUGAGAACCCACCGAUUGGGCAUCAGCGUAAUACACAGUCAUUCAGAUCUCUACAACUCCCACCGGUCGACGUGCCAGCACCGCUCAAAUCUUCCAUGGCACCCACCCCCUCAGAGCCUGAACCCACCGCAAGAGACAUAUUGCAAAGCAUACAAGACCUCGGUAGGAGAUUCGAUCUCCUGGCAACCGACGAGCGGGUGGAUGCUUUGCAUGUGAGGUUAGAUUCGGUGGAGCGGAGGAUUAGUUUGAGGCUAACGGCGCUGGAGGAAGAGUUCUCCGUAUCUAAUGCGCAUCGGGAAAACUAUCUGUAUGCGCAUGGCCCUCGCGCACACAGUACCACAUAUGCACCCCAGUACCCCCCAGAACCAACCAUCGCAUCGUGGCCGAAACACAAUCACGCCGGCGAUGAACCCCUGGGUAUCUCCACCAUAGGCAGAGAGUAUACCCAUGCAUGGGAUCUGCAUGACGAAGCCCCGACUUCCACAUCCAGUUGGUGGCAGACCAACUCCCUAGAUCCUCCUUAUAUACGCAAGGCUUCGAUUGCAUCUUCUCCAUUGUCCAGCACGUCGCCCGUCAAAUCAGAGGAGUAG